CUCUCUUCCGGCCGUGCCUGGGCGAGCCUGGAGACUUGUUACCUUCCGAGUCGUGCGGGCCACUCCGGCUUUUUGACUCAGCUGCUGUGUGCCUCCACCACAGAAGGGACACGAUACCUUUUUCCCAGUCUGCCUGUGGGUGCCUCUGCAACUUCCCAUCACACACAGUCUAUCCACCUUUCUCCAAAACUACAGGGUUGGAGGUGUAGCCUUGCUAUGGAUCUUCAAGUUUUCAGUGGAGAAAAUCCCUACAAAUUGGAGGAAUAUGAAAAAACCUUUCAGUAUUUUCCAUGUCUUACUAAUCCCAUGGAAACCCACACUGAACAAACACUCUGUGAAUGUGAGGAAUGUUGGAGAGCAUUUGCCUUUUCCUCACACCUCAGUCAAUAUGUAACAAUUUCUUCUGGAGAGAAAUCCCAAAAAUGUAAGGAAUGUGGGAAGUGCUUUGCUACUUUUACUCAACUGUCUGCUCAUAUGGAAGUUCAUACUGGAGAAAAGCCCUUCCAGUGUAAAGAGUGUGGAAAGUGUUUUACAAGUAACACAUACCUUAAUGAUCACAGGAAAAUUCACAGUGGAAUAAAAGCAUACAAAUGUGUGGAAUGUGGGAAAGCCUUCCUGAGGUGGUCGGGCCUGACUGAACACUUGCGAGGAGUUCACAGUGGAGAGAAGCCCUUUGUGUGUAAGGAAUGUGGGAAAGCCUUCUCGAGAUCCACUCAGCUUAAUGAGCAUAUCAGGACACACACUGGAGUCAAACCCUAUGAAUGCAAGGACUGUGGGAAAGCCUUCACUCAGUACUCAGGCCUUGCUACCCAUGUACGCAUUCACAGUGGUGAGAAGCCCUUUCAGUGUAAGCAGUGUGGGAAAGCCUUCACUAGGACCUCAGGCCUUAUCCACCAUAUGAAAAUUCACAGUGGGGAAAAGCCCUUUGUGUGUAAUAUCUGUGGGAAGGCGUUUGUAUAUUCCACAUCGCUUAACAUUCACAUGCGAACACAUACUGGAGAGAAACCUUACAUCUGUAAGGAAUGUGGGAAAGCGUUUGCUGUUUCCUCACGCUUAAGCAAACAUGCAAGAAUUCAUACUGGAGAAAAGCCCUUCCAGUGUAAAGAGUGUGGAAAGUGUUUUACAAGUAACACAUACCUUAAUGAUCACAGGAAAAUUCACAGUGGAAUAAAAGCAUACAAAUGUGUGGAAUGUGGGAAAGCCUUCCUGAGGUGGUCGGGCCUGACUGAACACUUGCGAGGAGUUCACAGUGGAGAGAAGCCCUUUGUGUGUAAGGAAUGUGGGAAAGCCUUCUCGAGAUCCACUCAGCUUAAUGAGCAUAUCAGGACACACACUGGAGUCAAACCCUAUGAAUGCAAGGACUGUGGGAAAGCCUUCACUCAGUACUCAGGCCUUGCUACCCAUGUACGCAUUCACAGUGGUGAGAAGCCCUUUCAGUGUAAGCAGUGUGGGAAAGCCUUCACUAGGACCUCAGGCCUUAUCCACCAUGUGAGAACACACACAGGCGAGAAGCCUUUUGAAUGUAUUCAUUGUGGGAAAACCUUUAUUACUGCCUCCCACCGUACUAAACAUAUGAAAAUUCACAGUGGGGAAAAGCCCUUUGUGUGUAAUAUCUGUGGGAAGGCGUUUGUAUAUUCCACAUCGCUUAACAUUCACAUGCGAACACAUACUGGAGAGAAACCUUACAUCUGUAAGGAAUGUGGGAAAGCGUUUGCUGUUUCCUCACGCUUAAGCAAACAUGCAAGUGUUCACCAUGGGGAGAAGGCCUAUAAAUGUGAGACUAUCAGUGUUUCCCUUAGCCCCUCUGUUGCUACCCUUACACAGUAACAGUGGCACUGAAGAUCAUUGGGUAGUCUUAACAGCUUUGAGUUAUUGUGGUUCCCACUGGCAUAGAUGCCACUUUGAUUUUAUGACACAAAAAAAGAGAAUCUCAUUUUUUGUUUGGUUUUGGGACUUUAACUCAGGACCUCCUGCCUGCCAGGCAGGUGCCAUGUUGCUGAGCUAUUCCCCUGGCCUAGAUCCCCUCUUAGGGGAACGUUCUUCUUUUGUAGUGCUGGGAUUUAAUCCCAGUGUCUCACACAUGUUAGGCAAUCACUUUACCACUAAGCUAAAUUCUUAGCUUCUUUUCUGGAACUUGUUCUCAACAAAACUGAGUCUGAGCAGUUGUGGUUAUAGGUGAGGUCAGUACUGUGGGUAGGCCUGAUCUUGGUGCUUGGAUUCCAAAUGAUGAUAGUUUCCAUGAAUGCUAUGCAUCGUGGGAGUUUUAACUUUUUGGAUUGCCUGGGCCACACUAAAGAGGUAUUGUCUUGGGCCACAUAGCGUAUAAUUAAUGUAUAUAACAAAAUCCCUUUAUUGUAAAGUAUUUUAUUAUAAUAUAGUUAAUAACAGCAAACCUGUGGACCACAGGUUGGACAUGUCUACAUAAGAUACAUGAAUAGAGUUGGUCCUAGUUGUUGUUGAUUAGUGGAAAUUUCCCAGAAGCUAAGUUGAUAAGCUAAGCACAGAACACAAGUGGACUGUUGACAGACACUCCUCCAGGAGUCUCCUUUGACCCCACUGAUCGUGUUGAGCAUGCCAAGAAGACCUCUGUACUUUUAAUUGGUAGUCUAUCUUAUAGCCAAUGACUCUUGUUUCCUUACAAAAUCUUAAGUUCCCCCUGUCUUGCUCACUAGGUCUAUUUUAGAUCUAAGUGGCAGUGCAUCUGCUAGGAAUUCAGUCUUCUGUUGAGAUUGCUGAUAUUCUACCCCUGGGUCUGUCAUGAGACCACUUUAUCAAGUGGCUUUUCAGUCACAGUUAAUAUUCUCUUCAAGCUCUCUCAUUUCUUGCAGUAUGUAUAGGCUGAGUGUUUCCCAAAUUUCCAUGUUCUGAUCUCUUUUUCGUUAACAGUUCCCUGUUGGAUUUUCUCCUCUUCUUGCAUUUCACUAAGUUGUAAGGAGGAAUCAAGCUGCUGUUUCAACAGAUGAAUUAUAAUCUCAGAUAAAUUCCUAGUAUCAUCAUUCCCCAGCCUCUGUCAAAAAUUGCAAGAAUACAAUUAUAUUCUGCUAAGGUCUAUACCAUUGCAUGUCAAGGAUUGCCUUUUAAAAUUUUUUGAGACAGACUUUUGCUUUGUAGCUAAGGCUGGCCUUGAACUCACUACAUGGCCCCAGCUGGGCUCAAUCUCUUGGCAGUUCUGCCUCAGCCUCCCCAGUGCUGGGAUUACAGGUAUGCACCACCAUGCCCACCCUUUCCUCCUUUAAUUUCCUCUCAUCUGCCUUCUUGUCCUUUGCUUCAAUGCUUGGGAUUGAACCCAUGCUAAGCAAGUGCUAUCACUGAGCCCCACCCCUUACUGUUUUAUGUUUUCAGUACUGGGGACUGAACCCAGCACCUUCUCACUAAGUUAUAUUUCUAACCCUUUUUUUCUUUUUCUUUUUUGAGACAGAGUUUCAUUAAUUCUCUUUAUGUUGACCAGGUUGGACUUAAUCUUCAACCUGUUGCCUCUCCAAAUGCUGUGAUUAUAGGCAUGUACUAAUAUGAUUGGAAUUU